GCAUUUCAUCUUUUUACCCGUUCUUUGUUUGUCUCCUUACCUUAACCUACAUAGGUAAAGGCACCUUACGUAAAAGCCGACCUGUUUCCUAAAAUUCGUUGGCCGCACAUUAAAAGUGUUUUUGUCUUUUUUUUUUCCUUUUUCUGAGCUUCUUGCGGACUCCUCCAAAGCAAUAUCCGGACCUAGUAUUUCCUUUUUUGUCGAUGCUUCCAAUUCAUGUCCAUCCGAACGAAGCGGAACAUCUUGGUCUGCUUCAACCCGGUCGGGACUCUAUACAAGCCGAGGCCCAUAUCUGCUGCAGACUACACCGCUCUGGCCCGCAAAUGUGGCAUCAGUGAUCUGGACGGGGCGAAGCUCGAACGAACCUUGGCGGAUGCAAUUAUCCAUUUUACUUUUGAUGAAACCCGCAGCGAUGCGGCUGCAGAGGGUCACCAAUUCCUGAGACCUGGAGGUUAUUCGUGGUGGAGAAAUGUUGUCAACUAUGCCGUCAAGCGUGCUCUGCUUCCCGGACAGGGCCUACCUGCUGAUCUGAUUCCCAAGAUAUUGGCGCUUGUAUCCCCCGCCGAGGGAUUCACUCUCGGCGAGCAGGACCUCCAGAAAUCCUUGUGGCGACUGAAGAGGACUUUUAACCCUAGUAAGUCGUCCGGAAGCAGCUCGUUCGUCGACAAGCUGGUCGUCGGGGUCACCGAGAACACGAGGCACCCAAGGAACCUGGAGCGCACCUCAAGGGUGCUCUCUGCCCUGGGCGUAAGUGUCGCCCCUCUCCGCUAUCAUCACUACGCGGGCCUCCACACCAAUUAUGGUGCUCAUGGCGACAUUCCCGACGAGCUGUAUCAGUGGGAGCAAAGAAAAGCAGCCCAAAGGGCUCUGGAGGACUCGGUCCGCCGCCGCAGCCUGCGUUUCGGUAGCAACUGGAGCUCCCUGAUUCGCCCAUACGAUCUUGAUUUCGUUUGCGCCACGCGCAACUUUGCCAGCGGCGACCCGACGCCGUCGCUGCAUGCUGCAGAACGUCUGACGGCAAUGAUGGUCACCAACAAGUCGCCAUGGAGACUGCCCUGGGCCGAGUCGCAGAUCAACCGCCGCGACGGAGAUUGGCUCAAGUUUUACGUGGUGAACAACAGCAACAAAGACACCCGGGAUAUCAUAGAUUCGGGCUGGACUCCGGUUCUCCUGGAGGACAAUUCGAACACAGUUCGAAGCGCUCCCGGCGUGACCCCACGGCGGCCGGAUUGGGAAUCCUUGGCAAGGCUCAGCGACGCCAAAUUGGACCCUGAGAGUCCUUCUGGCUGCAAGUUGCAGACGUACCGCGUCGGCAGCGUGGACGAACUGUCAAGAUGGCUGUCGGAGGAGAUGCGGCCGAAGAAAUUCGUCCUCGGUCGGGGCGCGGUCGAUACCAAGGGUUAUAAAGCCCUCGAAGAUGCUGACAUGGAACCCACCGUGUCAGGCUGGACGGCAGAGGAUAUCCUGAAGAAGGCGUUUGAUCAGAGGCUUAAAAGACGUACAGCCAGCCAAGCAAAACCAAGUGCAAAAGACCGAAUCAUCACACUGUUAGACUCAAUGAUGAAGCGGCGUUUCUCACCAGACAUAAGCCCCCGCACUGACGUGGUGGACGAGACGACUCCGGAUGUCCCAGCCCAGCGGGAACGACCCCAGGAGGAUGAUGUACUUCAGCGACUAGUCAAGAUAUCCAAGACGGAAAAAUCCCGAAAAUAAAAUAUGGGAGCUUAUACUGGCUCUAAAAUAUUGAGUCAGUAAAACGUGCUCAGAAUAACCGCACCUGCCAUGCGGGCGCGUUGAGGUGGCCACCACCAAAUGUAUUAUUUUUUAGACGUAUACCCCCCAAUCAGUUCACUCAAUUCUUGAGUACAUCACAAUGUACACUCUUCCAAAUUAAUCGGGGAGCAACAAUUGGCAGCUCAUAACAACCAGGGCUGGAGUGUCGCGGUUCAAUCUAUUGUCGACUUGCCAGCAGAGUCGGCAAUUCUCGACGAGAUCCAGGCGUUAUUGGUGACGUCUACAAGAACGGGGCCGGUGCUAGGUGGAGGUGCACUACUCGGUUGUUGGUAACCGUCAGUCGUAGGCCUCUGCUGUGGGGAUGUAGGAGGAAGUUGGGAUGGCGAUUCAAAGGUAUCUUGGGGACAAUCGAUAGGGCUGUUAUCGAAGGACUGGUCAGAUGGUAGGUCUGAACUGUCUACCCCCUUCCUUUUCUUGCCCUUUGGCUUGGUCCACCUGCUGCUGAUGAGGCGUUUUUGGAGGGUGCCGAUUUGGAUUUCUGCUUGGUGUUGGUGGGUUCGUGCUUCGAAGCAGGCGGUGCGGUGUCUGCGGUAUCGAACUCGACUGCUGCUUCAUAGGUUGCUUCAUUACCGGCUCGUUAGACUUGGACUUUGCUAGCAAGUCCUCCUUGAGUUGUGAAUUGGAUUUGGACGCUGACUUAGAUUUUGGCUGUGGAAUUGCUGAUGUCAUACGGAUAUGCAACCCGAUCAUACCCGCCUGAAAUUCCAGUGGUGGUGGCAGGAUUAGUGAUGCCCCAAAGCAAUACAGAAUCAUGUAGUCUCAGUGACCUUUUGAAUCUGCUGUAGCUUCAUUCCCGG